UCCUCUCCACCGCUCCCGAGUCCAUGACCUAACCAAAGCCCAGCAAGCUGCCAGUCGUGCCGGUCCGCAAGCACUCACCCCCCAAUUCCCGAUCUGAACUCGCCGGCAGCCGCCCCCCGCCUACCUCUGUGCCUCGCCGGCCACUCGUCGUCGCCGCCUCGGCCUCCCGCCUGCCUCCGUGGUUUCGUGCCUCGUCGCGCCCUCCCACGCACCCUGCUGCUGAGCCCCCGCAGUCCACUGCUCCCAGCCCCCCAGUCCGCAGACCGCAGCAGUCCUGCCCGGCGGCUGGCGGCUGGCGGCGUGCAACAAAGCUUCCCUCCAGCGGCACAGCCUGCACCCUGCAGCAGCCAGCCCUCCCACGAUUCAACACAGUACACAGAGGUGUUGAAGUUUGCAGAUUACCCUUUGCCAUUGUGAGAUCUAUUGUUUUUUGAAGCUGAAGUGAGCAAUUCUCAGAAUCUUGAGCACAUUUGACAACAACUCCUCAUUCACAUGAAAUGUCACUGCUUAGUAGAUUCUUCUACAAGAGGCCUCCCGAUGGACUACUGGAGUUCAUUGACAGGAUCUAUGUUUUUGAUUCAUGCUUCUGCACUGAAGUUUUGCCGCAUGGAAUGUACCCAGUCUAUUUGAAUGGAAUUCUUACAGAGUUGCAUGAAGAGCAUGCAGAAUCUCAAUUUCUGGCGAUUAACUUCAGAGAUGGGGAUAAGAGAAGCCAGCUUGCUGAUAUCCUACAUGAAUAUGAUAUUCCAGUAAUUGACUACCCACGUCAUUUUGAAGGCUGUCCAGUGCUUCCUCUAUCUCUUAUACAGCAUUUUCUUCGUGUCUGUGAACACUGGCUAUCUACUGGGAACAGCCAAAAUAUCGUACUACUCCAUUGUGAGAGAGGGGGCUGGCCAUCAUUGGCAUUUCUGCUAUCUUGUUUUCUUAUUUUCAAGAAGUUGCACAGUGCAGAACAUAGAACUCUGGACAUUGUUCACCGUGAGGCCCCUAAAGGGUUCCUACAGCUAUUUUCUGCACUCAACCCAAUGCCGUCUCAGCUUCGAUAUAUGCAGUAUGUAGCCAGAAGAAAUAUCUCUCCAGAGUGGCCUCCUAUGGAGCGGGCGCUCUCUUUGGAUUGUCUGAUCCUUCGAGCUAUUCCAAAUUUUGAUUCUGAUAAUGGAUGUAGGCCAUUGAUCCGAAUUUUCGGUCGAAAUCUUCUUGGCAAGAAUGCUAGCAUGACUGACAUGAUUUUUUCAAUGCCUAAGAAGAAGUCCUUGCGCCACUAUCGACAGGAGGACUGUGAUGUGAUAAAAAUUGAUAUCCAGUGUCCAGUCCAGGGAGAUGUUGUUCUGGAGUGCGUACAUCUUGAUCUUGAUCCAGGAAAGGAAGUUAUGAUGUUCCGGAUAAUGUUCAAUACUGCUUUUAUCCGUUCAAAUGUACUGAUGCUGAAUAGUGAUGAUGUUGAUAUACUCUGGGGUUCAAAAGAUCGGUACCCGAAGAAUUUUAGAGCAGAGGUACUGUUUUGUGAAAUUGGGGGCAUUUCUCCUCCAAGGGCUCCAACAGUAACAUUGAAUGGUGAUAUGAAAGGUGGUUUACCAAUUGAAGCCUUUUCAGCUGUUCAAGAACUCUUCAAUGAUGUUGAAUGGAUGGAAAGCGGUGACAAUGCUGCUUUUUGGUUGCUCAAAGAAUUCUCAGCAAACUCUCUGCAAGAUAAAUUUCAAAAGCUAAUACUCAGCGACAUGAAAGAGCUUUCAAAGUUCCAAGCUAAAGUUGGCCUCCAGAUGCCACUAAUGUCUCCACUGGAUUCUGAUGAAGAAAAAUAUUCUGCGGCUUCUGAUUCCGGUUAUUCAGUAGAUUAUGAGAAGGUUCAACAUGGUGGGAACUCAUCUGACUCGGAGAACAUUGAUCGUUCUCUUACCACUGAAGAUUCUGAAUCUAUUGCUACUUCCUCAGCGAACACUUCAUCUCCUCCACAUGGUAGAUCUUGUGGCCUUUCAACUGAACAAAGUCUGCUGUCAGGAGAAUUACAGCACGAGUUACCUAGCUGGCAGCCGCCACCACUAUCAGCAGAAAAUGGAGACAAACAUGCUAUCUCGGCACAGGUGUCACCACCAGCAGCAGCAAAUGGAAGCAAACCUAUUAUCUCGGCGCCGCCGCCGCCACCACCACCACCACCACCACCACCACCACCAAGUGGCAGCAAACCUGUUUUCUCACCACCGCCGCCACCACCACCGCCGCCGCCGCCGCCAAGUGGCAGCAAACCUGUUUUCUCACCGCCGCCGCCACCACCACCACCACCACCUCGGAUUACUCCUGCACCCCCACCCCCACCACCUCAAGCUCCAAAACCACCUGGAACUGUACCCCCUCCACCACCAAGCUCAAAAAUCUCAAAUGCACCAGCACCACCUCCAGUAUUGGGAAGGGGAAGAGCAGCAACCGGAUCAGCAAAAGGUCGUGGCAUGGGAUUGGCGCUUCAAAGUAACCCCCCAAAGAAAGCUUCAUUAAAGCCUCUGCACUGGGUGAAAGUUACACGAGCAAUGCAAGGAAGUCUCUGGGCGGAUGCCCAAAAUCAAGGGAAUCAGGCUAGGGCUCCUGAUAUUGAUAUGUCCGAAUUAGAGACCUUGUUCUCCACUGCUGUUGCAACCAAUGCAAGUGAAAAAGGAGGAACGAAGCGUGGCUCAGCUAUUAGCAAGCCAGAAAUUGUUCACCUGGUUGAUAUGAGAAGAGCAAAUAAUUGUGAGAUCAUGCUUACCAAAAUCAAAAUGCCUCUUCCUGAUAUGAUUAGCGCGAUCUUGGCUUUGGAUACGUCUGUUCUUGAUAAUGACCAAGUGGAGAAUCUCAUUAAGUUUUGCCCUACAAACGAAGAAAUCGAGAUGUUGAAGAACUAUAACGGCAACAAAGAAAUGCUUGGAAAAUGUGAACAGUUUUUCCUGGAGCUAAUGAAAGUUCCUCGCGUCGAGUCCAAACUAAGAGUUUUUGCUUUCAGAAUUGCAUUCUCAACACAGGCUGAUGAGUUAAGAACUAACUUAACCACCAUAAAUGAUGCAACAAAAGAGGUGAAAGAGUCUCUGAAGUUACGGCAGAUAAUGCAGACCAUUCUCACAUUAGGGAAUGCAUUGAAUCAAGGAACAGCUCGAGGUUCUGCUGUUGGCUUCAGAUUAGAUAGUCUUCUUAAACUAUCGGAUACUCGAGCUAGGAACAAUAAGAUGACACUAAUGCACUAUUUAUGCAAGCUUCUUGCUGAAAAGUUGCCUGAGCUUCUUGAUUUUGACAAAGACUUGAUUCAUCUGGAAGCAGCUUCGAAGAUCCAAUUGAAGUUGCUUGCUGAAGAAAUGCAAGCAAUAAACAAAGGUCUUGAGAAGGUCGAGCAGGAAUUAGCUGCUUCAGUGAACGAUGGAGCAAUAUCUGUUGGCUUCCGCAAGGCAUUGAAAUCCUUUCUCGACUCGGCAGAAGCUGUAGUUAGGUCCCUCAUUUCCUUGUAUUCAGAAGUGGGAAGGAAUGCUGAUUCCCUAGCUCAGUAUUUUGGUGAAGAUCCAGCUCGCUGCCCUUUUGAGCAAGUUACGUCGAUUUUGGUUAUUUUCGUGAAUAUGUUCAAGAAAUCACGUGAUGAAAAUGCUCGAACUGUGGAAGCUGAGAAGAAGAAAAUGGAAAAGGAAAAGGCAAGUAUGUCUACUAUAAAAGGAUAGGAGUGAGGACAUUUCUAAGCCAAUCUUCCAUCUUUGUGACCCCGCUGAGGAGCUGCCGCAGAAUGUUAUACAUACACCGGAGCCCGCUUCUGCUUUUUGAUGCUCAAUGUAGUAUACGCAGAGGUGUAAUGUCAGAAGGCUUAGGCUCGUUGGCUGCGCGUCAUCCAAUAACAUGGUUGCUCGUGGUUUGCAAGCUUUUGUGCUUCUCACUAGCGGUGGGUUCGUGGCAAACAUUCCUGAAACAAAAUGCAGGGAGGCUUCAGGCCGCUGUAGUGUUGUACAUAUAGCAGUUGCUGAUACAUAGCUUUCUUACAUGUACAUAAAGUUAGCUCAAGUGGAAGCAAAGCAAAAUAUCAUGAUUGUUGUAAAAUUUCUUGUAUCAUCAACAAACAAGUAGACUGGUGCCAUUUUUGCAGUGCGCGCGAGCCAGUUAACGAAGCUCCUACAAGGCUUAUCGUGCCUUUAUGCAAUUAUUAUUGUUGUUA